AUGAGAACCAUAACAUCAUUUCUCGCUUACCUUCUUUUCUAUGUCCAGUUAGUUUCAUCACUAAACAUUGCUUUUGCUUCUGCUAGUUCUAAACCUAGUGAAGCAGACGCUCUUCUCAAAUGGAAAGCAAGCUUUCAAAACAAAAACCAGAAUAAUAAUCUGACCUCCUGGACUUACUUUCCCAGCAAUUCCACCAAUCCAAAAGCAGACGGAGGCCCAUGCAACGUUUGGACUGGCAUUUCAUGCAACACUCUUGGAAGUAUCAACAAGAUAAACAUCACAAAUUCUGGUAUUCGAGGUACGCUGCAUGAAUUUCCAUUCCUGUCGUUGCCCAAUCUUGAAUAUAUUGACCUCAGCUUCAAUGAACUCUUUGGUGCCAUCCCAUCUCAGAUUAGUUCUCUCGCCAAACUCAUUUAUUUUGAUCUAUCUUGUAAUAAGUUGUCCGGGAAAAUUCCACCAGAAAUUGGUCUUCUCACAAAUGUUGAGGUCUUGCGCCUGCACGUAAAUCAGCUAACUGGCUCGAUUCCUGCUUCUAUAGGUAGCUUGAGCAACCUGAUUCUUUUGUCGCUCCAGGACAAUCAACUUUCCGGUUCCAUUCCACCAGAGAUAGGAAACCUUUCUAGUUUGGGUUACAUGGAAAUGAGUGAAAACCAUCUAACAGGUCCAAUCCCUCCAAAAUUUUUGGAAGCUUAA